UUUCAUGUUAAUGGAGAAUUUCCAUUUUCAAAGUUUCCAAAUGGCAUUAAUAAAUUCUCAUUUAUUAGUUUAGGUUUAAAAAAGAUACCAGAUUUUAAAAUAUUUGAUAAUACCGAUAUUUUCACACUUUCUUUUUCUUCAAGCUCAAUAAGUGGCAGUUUACCAAAAUGGGAUGGAUCAAAUAACUUUAUAACAAACUUAGAUUUGAAUUUCAACUCUUUAACGGGAACUAUUGACGAAUCAUACUGCUCUUUGAUUUUAAAUGUUGGAAGCAAUCAAAUGAGUGGUAUAAUCCCAGAAUGUUUUACAUGUCACUUUAAUGACCUAAGUUUUCAAAAAAAUUUUGAAUCAAAUGAAUUUGAUAAUUAUAACUCAAUUGGAACUUGCAAAACUAUCCCAAAAUUAAAAUACUAUAACCAAACUUUUUGGAACGGUGCCUCAAAGGUAACAAUACCUGCAUUGUCAUUAAUGGGUCAAAAUAUAGGGUACAGUAUUGGAAAUGUGGUAUCAAGUCCACAAAUUCAAUUCAAUGUUCUUGUAAAAGCCAAUUCAAAAAUAAAUUCUGUUUCUUAUAAACCAAAUAGAAUUAUCCACAAAAUAAAAUUUACAAGCACUGGUCAAGAAUUUACAUUAACUCCAGAUCCAUAUCCACCAUUAUUAUCAAAUAUAACAUCAAAUAAUCAUAUUUUAGUAUUCAAAGGUUUAUAUUAUUCAUACGAUAUCACUGAAAUAACAAUUACAAUUGGUGAUAAAUCUUGUGAUGUAACUGAUUCAACAUUUUAUCAAAUCACAUGUACUUUAACAACAUAUCCAAAUCAACUGAAUAAUGUAUCAGGCACACUCAAAGUAGAUCAAUUACAAACAACAUUCAAUUUAAAUUUAGAUAACAACGAUGGUAAUGAAGUAUUCAACAACUAUACAUCAUGUCCAGACAACUGUGAAUCAUAUAAUGGUAAUAUAUGCAACUAUAAUACUGGUAUUUGUGAAUGCCCCAAAGACUGGACCGGUGAAAACUGUUAUACUCCAAAUCAUUAUGUAUCAUCAAUUACACCAACAUACGAAGAUGGCGGAGUAGUAACAAUGAAUGGAUGGUUCAGCGAUAUUCAUAAAGAUUUAAAAGUAACAAUCGGUAAUCAAGAAUGCAAAAUAGAUACAAUAUCAUCAAAUACAAUCACAUGCAACAUUGGAGCAGGCACAGGUAAAAAAGAUGUAAUCGUAUAUCAAAAUGGAAUCACAUGGAAAUCAUUCAACUUUUUUGUAUACCAAUCAAAACAACAAACAUGUUUAAACAACUGUAUCGAUACUAACCAUGGUAUUUGUAAUACAUCAAAUGGUAUUUGCGAAUGUAAAUCAGGAUGGACUGGAUUCGAUUUUGACUGGUCUGGUGAGGAUUGCACAGCUGCAAAUCAUUAUGUAUCAUCAAUUACAUCAACAUACGAAGAUGGUGGAUUAGUAACAAUGAAUGGAUGGCUCGGUGAUAUUCAUAAAGAUUUAAAAGUAACAAUCGGUAAUCAAGAAUGUAAAAUAGAUACAAUAUCAUCAAAUACAAUCACAUGCAACAUUGGAGCAGGUACAGGUAAAAAAGAUGUAAUCGUAUAUCAAAAUGGAAUCACAUGGAAAUCAUUCAACUUUUUUAUAUACCAAUCAAAACAACAAACAUGUUUAAACAACUGUACCGAUACUAACCAUGGUAUUUGUAAUACAUCAAAUGGUAUUUGCGAAUGUAAAUCAGGAUGGACUGGAUUCGAUUGUAGUUCACCUUCAAAUAAUAAUAACAAUGGUAAUACCAACAGUACAGUUAAUCCAGACGGCUCAACAUCAAUAAAUAAUGAUAAAACAACAUACAAUAUAUUAAUCACAUCAUUAUUAGAACUCGAUAUCAACAGUGACACAGUUAAACAAUAUCCACUUCAAAACAAUUGGAAUAUUACAUCAAAUGAUAAAAACGGAUCAAAUGUAACAUUCACACAAAUAUUAAAUGAAACUGAAUGUCAAAUCGUAUUAUCAAUUCAAGAAAUAGAAAAUGAUAUUCAAUAUUCAUUUGCAGGUUUAGAAUUCAAAUUAGAUAAAGGUUCAAUUAAAAUAUCAGUAUCAAUUCACAAUUACAACUAUCAAAGUCCACUCAAUACACUACAAUUACAAAUGAUAUCAAAUGUAUCAGAUACAACAUCGAACGAUUGUAACAGUAAAUCAGCAUCAACAUCAACAUCAAUAUUAGACAAUCAAACAUUAAACUAUAUAUCGAUCAACAAAGACAACAAGAUUCUAUAUGGUAGAUUUAUAAACAGAGCAAUAUCAGAUGGACACACAACAUUAAUCACCACAUCAUUAAUAUCGAGUCAAAACGAAUCAGUAACCAUUGGUAUUAACAUUCCACAUUGCAGAACAUCAUGCUAUAUCGAUCCUGACUUUUCAGUAAUAAUGAAUCCCGAUUUCAAACAGAAUUGUAAUAAUAAUUCCAAAAAGUAUGUAAUUCCUGUUGCAGUUGUUGCAGGUUGUAUUGGUUUAUCUGCUAUUGCUGUCACUAUAUAUUUUAUUCAUAAAAGAAAAGUAGAUAAGGAAUUUAGCAAAAAAAUUGUGGAAUUAACUGUCAAUAAAUAA